UCCAAAAUGUUUGCCAUCACCACUCACCGGUCAGUUUUUCUUCGUCCCUUUCCUGCUGGUGAACAUGGCCUCGUCUUUCAUCACGACAACAUGACAGGAGCAGAGGGAGUGGUGAACGUAUAAAACCUCUUGGGCUCCCUCCAGCCAGACUGUAGACCUACUGGAAACUAUAGACACCUGAGUGUCGCCCCACUGGCUAAACUAUCCCGUCACAAUGCUGUCACGAAAGCUGACUGUUCAUUUGAUCUAUGCUUUGGCUGGUCUUGCUCUCUCAGGCCACGUUACUGAUGUGAGUAGCAGUGAUACAUCCACAGACACAAGCAAUGGAGAUACCAGCGUGGAAACCACAGGCAGUCCUGAUGCCCCUGAUGCCCCAGGCAAGUUCUGCAUGCUGUGCUGUACUGAAGACUGCAUCGAGGAAAGCAGCCAUGUCGGAAGCCAAGGCUGUUGGGUGCCCUGUAUGGAGGCAUGUUGGAAGGAAUGUAUGGAGCCCUAUAUGGAUCUCUGUAUGGAGCCCUAUACACAGGAUUUGUCAAAGGUGUGCAACAGUAAGGGGGACAUUAAAGAGGACGGUAAGGGGGACAUUAAUGAGGACGGUAAGGGAGACAGUAAGGAGGACAGUAAGGGAGACGGUAAGGGAGACAGUAAGGGAGACACUGAGGACAGUACGAGGGACGGUAAGGGAGACGGUACGAGGGGCGGCAAGGGAGACAGUAAGGGAGACAGUAAGGAGGACAGUAAGAGGGACGGUAAGGGAGUCAGUACGAGGGACGGUAAGAAAGACGGUAAGGGAGAUGGAAAGGGAGACAGUAAAGAGGACAGUAAGAGGGACAGUAAGGGAGGCGGUAAGAGGGACAGUAAUGAGGACAGUAAGGGGGACAGUAAGAGGGACGGUAAGGGAGACGGUAAGAGGGACAGUAAGGAGGACAUUAAGGGAAAUAGUAAGGAGGACGGUAAGAGGGACGGUAAGGAGGACAGUAAGGAGGACAGUAAGAGGAAUGGUAAGGGAGGCAGUAAGGAGGACAGUAAGGAGGACAGUAAGAGGGAUGGUAAGGGAGGCAGUAAGAGGGACGGUAAGGAGGACAGUAAGGAGGACAUUAAGGGAAAUAGUAAGGAGGACGGUAAGAGGGACGGUAAGGGAGGCGGUAAGGAGGACAGUAAGGAGGACAGUAAGAGGAAUGGUAAGGGAGGCAGUAAGGAGGACAGUAAGGAGGACAGUAAGAGGGAUGGUAAGGGAGGCAGUAAGAGGGACGGUAAGGAGGACAGUAAGGAGGACGGUAAGAGGGACGGUAUGGGAGGCAGUAAGGAGGACAUUAAGGGAAACAGUAAGGAGGACGGUAAGAGGGACAGUAAUGAGGACAGUAAGAGGGACGGUAAGAAGGACAGUAAGGAGAACAUUAAGGGAAACAGUAAGGAGGACAGUAAGAGGGACAGUAAGGAGGACAGUGGGAGGGACAGUAAGGGAGACAGUAAGGAGGACAGUAAGAGGGACGGUAAGGAAGUCGAUAAGGGAGACAAUAAGGGGGACAGUAAGGGAGACAAUAAGGGGGACGGUAAUGGGGUUAGUAAGGGGGACAGUAAGGGCAGUAAGGGAGACAGUAAGGGGGACAGUAAGGGAGACAGUAAGGAGGACAGUAAGGGAGACAGUAAGGGGGACAGUAAGGAGGCAGUAAGGGCAGUAAGGGGGCAGUAA